AAUUUGAAUAUUAACCGCAAAAUCUUCAAUGGGGUUUUGAUUUUUGAGAGAUAUCUGAAAUGGGUUUUCUUCCAUCCCGUAGAACCCACUGGAUUUUAGAUUGUCUGAGUCCUGCGAUUUUGUGAUAAUCUUCCAUGGUGUCUAUGCUGUUUGCCAAGUGGUACUGGAUUUGCGAACUUCCUGGUGCCGAUGCAGCUUGUGCCCAUUUGCGAACUUCCUUGUGCCGAUGCAGCUUGUGCCCAUUUUAUCUUGCAGUUGCAUCAAAGUGGUCUGCUGAAGGGGGAUGAUAUGACAGACCGGUUUUUCCGUGUCCUCACAGAGCUAUCUGUUGCAUACUGCCUAUCUUCUGAGAUGACAAUUCCAGGCUCACUGCAAACACCUCAACAAGUGCAGAAUAUCUCCUUCCUUGCUAUUGAUAUCUAUGCUAAACUUGUCUUCUUAAUUUUGAAGGGAUCAAGUAAACUAUUUCUCUUGUCUAAGAUUUUAGCAAUCACAGUGGGAUUCAUUCAAACGGAUGCAGAGGAGAAGAAAACAUCUUUCAAUCGAAGAUCGUAUUUUAGAUAGUUUGUUAACUGGCUUCUAGACCUUGGUUCUUUGGAUCCUGUGAUUGAUGGUGCUAACUUUCAGAUACUGACAGCAUUUGCAAAUGCAUUUCAUGCUUUGCAGCCCCCUAAGGUUCCUACGUUCAGGUUGGCGUCAGUUAUACUUAUUGCUAUUCCAUCAUUGGUAGGAAAUGAAACGAGUUGUUAUGAUAAGGAAAUUGUUGCUUGUACGGUUGUAGUGGUAUAUUAUAUGUUCUUUUUGUUCUGUGAUUAUGAACUUUUAGGCUGUUACUAAUUUUGACUGGACAACACUUUUGGAAUUUUAUUUAAUGUUUAUUUGGUUCUGUGAUUAUGAACUUCUAGGUUGUUACUAUUUUUCACUGGACGACACUUUUGGAAUUUUAUUUAAUUGGGGAUUGGCUUCGAGUUAAGUUUGGACUGUCCCUUGUAACUAGUCCAUGGGUGUCUCUUCUUGAUCCAUAUUUUGAAAUCGCAAAACUUUGUUACUUACUCUUUCUCCCUCAAUUUUGCCUCUUGCUUAUCGCUUUUUCUAUUCUCUCCGUUCUUUCUUCUAUUGUUUGUGUAAUCACAUUCUUGUAUGUAAACAUUUUAGUUCAGUGUCGGUGUACACAAGUCAAAUAUGAGGAUAUGUGUAAGAAUAGACUUUGAUCUUAAUAUUCCUUGGAACUGUGCAUUUCGAUUCUGAGAAAAUCCUUUAUCAGCUUUGCAUGGCUUGAGUUGGUGAGUCAUAGGAGUUUCAAGCCAAAAAUGCUUGCUGGAAAUGGUCAGAAGGUUUGGCCCUAUAUCCAAGGUUUGCUGGUACAUUUGUUUCAAUUCAUGGAGCCAUUUUUGAGGAAUGCUGAACUUGGAGUUCCAGUCUGCCUCUUUUCUCUUCUGGAUUUCAUUGUUUGCAGCAGUAUUUCUUCUGUUUUUUUUUGUUUUUUGUAAUCAAAUCAAUCGGUAAUUGAGCUGAUAUUGAAGGAAUUACAAAGAUGAGUUUCACACAGAAAUGGAGUUCAUAGCUCCAUGAACCUUUUUGGAUUCGAUCCCCAAAACUCGGCAACAGACAAGGCAUUAUAGCCAUUGCAAACCCACCAAAGCACCGUGACUAUGAUCACGUGCGAAACACAUGCAUUCAUUUAACUCUUUAACAAACUAGACACGUGUCAAUUUAUACACCAUUAAGAUAUUAUAAUCUUGACCGUUCAUUACAAGUUUAUAACUUCAACUAUAAACAUACACUUAGCUAAAAUUCGAACUUCUUCUUCUUCUUCUUCAACAUAGCUGCAUCAGUGGCUUGAUUCAGCUGCCAUGCUUAUGCUCCAAUAACACUUAGGGUGCUGCUAGUGCUACUUCAUGAUUUCCCGGAGUUCCUUUGUGAUUAUCAUUUUACUUUCUGUGAUGUAAUCCCUCCAAGCUGCAUUCAAAUGCGAAAUAUCAUCCUCAAUGCAUUUCCCCGUAAUAUGAGGCUACCAGAUCCAUCUACUCCCAACUUAAAGAUUGAUUUGCUUGCUGAAAUCAGCCAGUCUCCAUUUAUUCUUUCUGAGGUUGAUGCAGCUCUAAUAGCAAAGCAGAUGAAAGCUGAUGUGGACGAGUAUCUCAAGAUAUGCUGACUUUUGGCCAACAAGGCAACAAGGUUCUUCAUUUCUGACUGAACUGAAGCAAAAGUUGCUCCUUUUACCAAUCGAAGCUGCCUCGGCUGGUACUCAUUACAAUGUACCCCUGAUCAACUCCCUUGUGCUUUAUGUUGGGAUGCUGGCUAUCCAGCAGCUUCAGGCUAGAACGCCUCAUGCGCAAUCUACCCAAACUGUUCCAUUGAUUGUCUAUUUGGUGGGUGCUGCUUUGGAUAUUUUUCAGACUCUGAUAGUGGACCUAGAUACUGAAGGGCGCUACCUUUUCCUAAAUGCGAUCGCGAACCAACUGCAUUAUCCAAACACCCAUACCCAUUACUUUUUCUUCAUUGUUUUGUACUUGUUUGCUGAAUCAAACCAGCAUGAAAUUAUGCAGGAGCAAAUCACAAGGGUAUUGUUGGAGCGUCUGAUUGUUAACCAGCCUCGUCUAUGGGGUCUUCUGAUUAUCUUCAUUGAGCUUAUCAUGGUCCCGACUCUUUCAACCUCUCAGACAUCUAUCCUCUUUGCGCUUCGCUUGCUCUAUCAAUCCGCCCGCUGGCAGACAAUGCAACAGGGUUCUUCAUUUCUGACUGAACUGAAGCAUUUACCAAGCGAAGUUGCCCCAGCUGGUACUCGUUACAAUGUACCCCUGAUCAACUCCCUUGUGCUUUAUGUUGGGAUGCAGGCUAUCCAGCAGCUUCAGGCUAGAAUGCCCCAAUGCGCAAUCUACCCAAACUGUUCCAUUGACUGUCCAUUUGGUGGGUGCUGCUCUGGAUAUUUUUCAGACUCUGAUAUUGGACCUAGAUACUGAAGGGCGCUACCUUUUCGUAAAUGCAACUGCGAACCUACUGCGUUAUCCAAACACCCAUACCCAUUACGUUUCCUUCAUUGUUUUGUACUUGUUUGCUGAAUCAAACCAGCAUGAAAUUAUCCAGGAGCAGAUCACAAGGGUAUUGUUGGAACGUCUGAUUGUUAACCACCUCAUCCAUGGGGUCUUCGGAUUACCUUGGUUGAGCUUAUCAAGAAUCAGAUGUGCGCCGGAGAUUGAAAAACUAUUUGGAUGUCUCAAGGUCUUGCGGCGGACCAAAACCAGUGGACGAAAGUACGGUCUCAAGUUGGGUAUCGGAGAGUGCCCACUAAUUAUUUGCAUGGCCAAAAGACACGAUUUGUAUUUUUAGUGACACUAAUCAGCAGCAAGUUGCAUCUCCGGUGUUUUAGGUGUUCCAACUUCAAUCCCCAUCCAAUUGUAUGUAUUUAUUUUGUAUUUUAGAUCUCUUGUAAUUAAAUAUUUACCUAAGUAACUUGGUUCGAAGAACCUCCAAAUGUUACUUUCUGAUACUCUUUUUGAGGAUAGCAGUGUUAUAUAAGUUGCUUGGUGUGCAACCCUCUUUUUCCAUUAGUCCAGAUUGAAAUUCCAGACAAGAUUUUUAUCGAGA